AUGGUGCAAACACUCUGGCAGGUGAACGAGCCUUCGGAAGAAGAGCCGCGAUUGAUCCAAAGGAGGGCUCCCGUGCGCAGUACGGCAGAGAACGAGGUCUAUGUGGCGCGAAAUCAAAGCCUUGCAGUUCUUUUCAAGCGCAUAAGGCGACUCUUCGACCGUGAAGGCCACCGAGAGGUGGUGAUUCACGGCAUGGGCGCGAGCAUCACGAAAGCUAUCUAUGUGGCACAGGAUGUCUUGAUGCAUUAUGGUGAGCGCCUAAGCUUGGAGACGCAUCAUGGAACUGUAGACGUCGUGGAUGACGUGAUGGGGGAAUAUGAGUCCACCGUCGAACAGAGACGG